ACGAAUUUGAAACGUUGUACGUAUCUGGUUUUGGAUGAGGCAGAUCGUAUGCUCGAUAUGGGUUUCGAGCCUCAAAUCCGAAAGAUUGUUUCGCAAAUACGGCCGGAUCGUCAAACACUAAUGUUCUCUGCCACUUGGCCUAAAGAAGUGCGUAAACUGGCCGCAGACUUUCAAACGGAUGCAGCGUCACUGACCGUUGGAUCACUGGAGUUGGCAGCGAAUCACAAUAUUACACAAGUGAUUGAAGUAAUGGAGGAAUCAAAUAAACAGCAACGUCUCAUGACCAUUCUUGAUGCAAUAAUGAAUCAGGUUUGUUGUGUGAACGUCUUUAUUGAUGCUUCAGCUUUUCAUCUCCUGGCAACUAGGAACCAUGCAGUCAAUUAUUAG